AGUUUCUCGGAACCGCUGCUCGGCGCUUGUCCACACCACCGCACCUCCGUCAUCAACCGUUGCAUUUAAUACAAGCUGCCUCCUCCGGCCCCUUCACACCACACAAAGGGAAACCGGCGAUUUGUUCGCGAUUUCUUCGCAGCCGUUUUAUCCGUUUCGUUUUCGGUUCCGUUAUCCUUCCGCGAGAGUGUGUUGGCCCGUGUGUCCUCUCCCUCAGCCCAGCUAGACAACAAAAAUGUCUUCGGAACCGAUUCGUGUCGUGGUGACCGGUGCGGCCGGCCAGAUUGCCUACUCGCUGCUGUACAUGGUGGCGAAGGGUGAUGUGUUCGGACCGGAGCAACCACUGAUCCUGCAUUUACUGGACAUUCCGCCGAUGAUGGGCGUGCUGGAGGGUGUGGUGAUGGAACUGGCCGACUGUGCCCUGCCGCUGCUCGUUAGCGUCGUACCGACCGCCGAUCCGGCCGUCGCCUUCAAGGACGUCGAUGCCGCCUUCCUCGUCGGUGCAAUGCCCCGUAAGCAAGGCAUGGAGCGCAAGGAUCUGCUGUCGGCCAAUGUGAAGAUCUUCAAGGUGCAGGGUGAAGCGCUGGAUAAGCACGCCAAGAAGGAUGUGAAAGUGCUGGUCGUAGGUAAUCCGGCCAACACGAACGCCCUGGUGUGCUCGCACUAUGCACCGUCGAUCCCGAAGCAGAACUUUACCGCGAUGACACGGCUGGAUCAGAACCGGGCCCAGGCACAGAUUGCGGCACGGCUCGGUGUCGGCAUCACGAAGGUUAAGAACAUCAUCAUCUGGGGUAACCAUUCGGCGACGCAGGUACCGGAUGCGCGGAACGCUUCGGUCGAGGUGAAUGGUGUCACGAAGAGUGUUCCGGAAGCGGUGGCCAACGAUGAGUUCCUGAAGCAGGAGUUCCUCGAGACGGUGCAGAAGCGCGGCGCGGCCGUGAUCGCGGCACGCAAAAUGUCGUCCGCCAUGUCGGCGGCCAAGGCGGCCAGCGAUCACAUGCGCGACUGGUUCGCGGGUACGCGCGACGGCGAGUACGUCUCGAUGGGGGUCAUCUCGGACGGGAGCUACGGGGCACCGAAGGAUAUCGUCUUCUCCUUCCCGGUGCAGAUCAAAAACCGCCAGUGGACGAUCGUGCCGGGCCUGCAGGUGGACGAGUUCGCGCGCGGCAAGCUCGACAUCACCGCCAAGGAGCUGCUGGAGGAGAAGGAGGAAGCGAUGGCCGUCUGUGCCGCCGAUUGACUAGUUAAGCUGUAAAACGGAAUUUUUGUAGGAAAACACACCCAGAAAACCAAUAACCGGCCCGGCCUGUAAUUGAGCAUUAACAAAACAAAAAAAAAACGCCCAGCAAAUAGCAAAACAUCACACACCCCACAUCGUACCUAGUAGAGAUGAUCAGUGCUUUUUAGCAGCCCGGGGCAGCGCUUUCGGUUUUUCGGGUCACACGUUGCUGCUGCUGGUGCCUGCGUAGGUUUCCCCAUAAUGAUUUUGUUUUACAGUUACCCGACGAGUUACUUUUCUUUCCCUUUUUCCAACUUUCGCUUUCGAAAGCGAGGAUCGUUGCUUAACACCACCCGCCCCGUUCGCGAUCUUGUAACUAACCGUAAUUUUGAGAGGAAACAUAAUACACACGAGCUAAUAUUGUUGAUAUGCUAGAGGCGGUGAAAAGAAACAGGGGGUAGUUUUUAGGAGCUGCGGUCAAUCAAUUACCUAGACCAAAUUUGUUAACUGUAGCCCCGGGAGGGUUUAAGAGGAACAUUAUAGAGAAAAAAUAAAAAUACACGAGAAAACCUGUGCCUCCUAAGCAUAUGAACUGUAGUGCAGGUAAAGCAA